AUGGAGACCAGGCCAUCUGUGACAUCCUACAACACCUUGGAGGCCAUCUUCCUGUGUCAAACUCUGCUCAUGUCAGCUCACUACAACAAUAAAUUAAGCACACUUUCUUCGUUCAUUGGUCCAUUCAAGUACUUCAGCCCCGUCUUGGAAAAUACUGAGGAUGAGGACAAUUUGAGCACCAGUAGUGUAGAGGUAAAAGAGAAUCGCAAUGUGGGUAAUUUAUCUUUGGAGGAUCAGACACGAGCAUCCAAUGACCGGCAGGUCUUCCGCUGUUCCGAUGUUGCUGGAAGCGGAGCAUCAGGUCUGAAAAGGAAAAGGCCACUGGAGGAAGGGAAUAACGGACACAUGCACCCCAAGGUGCAGCUGAAAUGUAAGAAACUGUCAUGGUCGGUGACACCAAAGAAUGCCCUAGUGCAGCUGAAUGAACUAAAGCCAGGAUUACAGUACAAGAUGGUCUCCCAGACUGGGCCAGUGCAUGCACCUGUUUUUGCUAUUGCGGUCGAAGUUAAUGGUUUGCUAUUCGAAGGCACGGGACCCACCAAAAAGAAAGCAAAGAUGAGGGCUGCGGAGAUGGCUCUGCAGUCUUUUGUGCAGUUUCCAAAUGCCUCCCAGGCUCAUUUCGCCAUGGGCCACUGUGUCAAUCCCACCACAGAUUUCACGUCUGACCAGGCUGACUUCCCCAACACACUAUUCAAAGAGUUUGAGCCGUCGACUCAGAGUGACGGCUUCCCUUGCUGCAGCCCUGCUGAAAAUGAAUUGCUCUAUGGCGGCUGCAGACAUGGGCGAUUACUCUGCCACACGUUGGAUUUAAUGGUCCAAGCCAAACAAAACAAGCACAAGAUGCCAUUCCCAGCAGCAAGCAGGAAGAAUCCAGUCGAGAUGUUAAAUGAGCUACGUCCGGGACUGAGGUAUGUGUGCCUCUCAGAGACUGUGGAAAAGCAUGUCAAGAGCUUUGUGAUGGCAGUGAGGGUUGAUGGGAGAAUGUUUGAAGGCUCGGGACGCAGUAAGAAGCUGGCGAAAGCCCAAACGGCACAGGCUGCUCUUCAGACUCUCUUUAACAUCCAGCCAGUACCCAGUGGAAAGCCUUGUCAAAUGCCUGGCAGGAAUAAAUGUCCUCAUUUACCACAGGAGUUUGCUGAUGCAGUAUUCCAGAUGGUCACAGAGAAAUUCAAAGAGCUGACAGACAAUUUGACCUCCUCACAUGCGCGGCAUAAGGUGCUGGCAGGAAUCGUAAUGACAAGAGGUCUAAACAUGAAGGAGGCCCAGGUUGUUGCACUGUCAACAGGGACAAAAUGUAUAAACGGAGAAUACAUUAGUAACCGGGGUCUAACACUUAACGAUUGCCAUGCUGAAAUUGUGGCACGGAGAUCUUUUCUUCGUUUCCUUUACUCUCAGCUGGAACUACACUUAAGUAAACAGCCAGAUGACUGGGAACGAUCAAUUUUCGUUCAUCAGAAGGAGGGAGGCUACAAGCUGAAAGAGAGCAUCUUUUUCCAUCUAUAUAUCAGUACACCUCCAUGUGGAGACGCACGCCUGAACUCUCACCGAGAAGCAAGGGCUGAAUUACACCACAGUCGACCGUUGAACAGGAAAGUCCGGGGACACCUAAGAACCAAGAUUGAAUCCGGUGAAGGCACCAUUCCAAUCCGAUCCUGCCACUCCAUCCAGACAUGGGAUGGCGUAUUACAGGGAGAGCAGCUGCUCACAAUGUCCUGCACUGACAAGAUUAACAGGUGGAACAUUCUGGGUGCUCAAGGAUCUCUCCUGAGUCAUUUCAUUGAACCAAUCUACCUGCAGAGCAUCGUGCUGGGAAGCACUCACCACGUUGGUCACCUUUUCCGCGCAUUGUGCCAACGGCUAGAGGAUGUCGCUCAGCUGCCACCACCCUACCGAUGCAACCAGCCUCUUCUAAGUGGCAUCAGUAGCACUGGAUUUCGUCAGCAGGGAAAGUCUCCUAGUUUCAGUGUAAACUGGACAGUGGGUGACCAUGACCUGGAGGUCAUUAAUGCCACAACUGGAAAGGGUGACCUGGGAAGUGCGUCCAGACUCUGCAAACGUGCACUUUAUACCCAGUGGGCCAAGCUUUAUAGCAAGCUGAGUACACGAGGCUCGAACCUUCAGGGAGUGCCAUCCAUGUACUGCGAAGCCAAACUGGCAGCCGAGCCCUACCAGGCCGCCAAGCAGCAGCUGUUUAAAGCAUUGCGGAAAGCCGACCUGGGCACGUGGGUGAAGAAACCACCGGAGCAAGAUCAGUUUCUGCCGGCUGUGGAGGGGCAGCAGACACAGGCAGAGGCGUGCGAUGUUUAA